UCGACAUCCAGAGGGACGAAUGGUAUAGGCGUCCCUCUUCGGUCUCUACAGCUAUAAAACGGUAUUUACAUCGGCAAGAAAGUCACAGACGGACGACCCGUGUCUUCUCGCAACUUUCUAAGCGCAUUUGUGUUCAGGCAACAUUCGUUAUUAUUGACCAGAUCCCUUGUCCUAGAGAUGUGUGAGCUGCAUCGCCACAGUUGAGUAUGCCUGGCUCCGCGUCGCAAUUGCGGAUUCCCCCGCUGGUCGCUCAUCACUUGACGCCUGAAGGAAUGUGAUGUGGAUUUUACCAUUUUGAGAUACUUUCCAUGGAAAUUAGAAGCGCUUCCAGUCUCUUCUGUAUAUUUUGAUACAGGGACACAACAGAGGAACACAAAAGGACAUGACGGUGCAACCAGUUCAUAUUAUAUAGAAAAGGAUGGAUCACAAUCACGAUAUGAAGUGCAAAGUAGUGGUCGUUGGGGACAGCCAGUGUGGCAAAACGGCCUUACUUAGUGUUUUCGCCAAAGACGUCUUUCCAGAGAGCUACGUUCCUACUGUGUUCGAGAACUACACGGCCAGUUUUGAAAUCGAUACCCUUAGAGUGGAACUUAGUCUCUGGGAUACCUCCGGUUCGCCUUAUUAUGACAACGUACGUCCCCUUUCCUAUCCCGACGCGGAUGCUGUCCUCAUUUGUUUUGACAUUAGCCGACCAGACACCCUGGACAGUGUUUUAAAAAAGUGGAAAGGGGAGAUCCAGGAGUUCUGUCCUAAUACAAAGAUGAUGUUGGUGGGGUGUAAGUCGGACCUGCGCACAGACUUAGCCACGUUUGUACAGCUAUCCAACCCUUUACCAGUUUCAUAUGAUCAGGGCUCCAAUGUGGCCAAACAAAUCUCCGCCCCCUACAUUGAGUGCUCAGCCCAACAGUCUGAGAACAGUGUGAGGGACAUUUUCCAUGUGGCUACUCUGGCCUGUGUCUCCAAAAACAACAAACAUGUCAAACGCCACAAGUCCUCCAGAGCCACUAAAAGGAUCUCACACACGUCCAGCAGGCCUGACCUGGACUCAGUAUCAUCUCUACAUAAGAACAAGGCCAAAACUUGCACGGUCAUGUGACCACUGUGCAAUGAGAGGAACCACAGGCAUGUUAUGCCUUCCAAGACAUUGUACAUGGACUUUUACAUGCCCCUGUGCAAAAAGUAGAAAUAGAAGACAAACUAAAAGGGAGUGUUUUGCACUUUGCAUAGAAAUUUCAGCUGGUUAUCUGAACAGUUACAUUGAAGAGCACCACAAAAAAUGGACCAGGAACAUGAGAGACUGGAAUUAAUGAUGUUCUGAAGAGCUGAUUCAUACCCCUCGGUCUAAUUUUUCAGAGUUACUGGAUACGUUCAGAAAAUGGCGACUUUAAGUUUUGUGUGUGGGGGCCCUAAACAUCUUUACAGAAAGUGUACCUAUGUUAAUAUUUCUGAUUCAGCUUUUUACUGUCCUAAAAAUGAACACACCAUAAAUAGCAAUACGAAAAUCAAAAUGUAAAAAUGCUUCCCUCGACCAAAGGUAGCAGAAGAAUUGCAUUGUGAUCAAAAGCUGUCCUCUUCUGAUCUGACAGAAGCAUAUGCCAAACCAAGACUGGGAAAUUCUGUCAGAUUAGCAGCUGUAGGUAAACAUUGUUCAUAGAUAUUUGGUGACAAACUUUGCCAAUGACAUACAAUGCAAUAAAUAAAACCCAAUAUAUCACUCA